AUGUCCGAAGCCCAAGCAAUCGCCGCAAUCGACCACUAUAGCAGCAAAGCGACCCAGUUUCCGAAGCCACGACCGCUUUCCACAUUCGCACAGCUCUCUACCGCCGCGUCAAAUCUCCUCUCAUCUGCGCAAAACGCCAAGACGGGUACCUUUGUUUUCAUGGUGACACUCCACGACUUGCGCUCCGCGGAGUCGAGCUCUCGCACCAUCGGCGUGUUCAAUGAUCGUAAUGUGGCAAAAGGGGCUCUGGAGAAAGUGCUGAGGGAGAAGAAGUAUGAAAGUGCGAGGAUAUGGAGAAGGGACAUCGAUGGAGCUGUGGAAGUGAGGAAGGGUCAUGUUCAUGAUGUUGUUGGGGUUGUAGGGAGGAUGGUCGUCAAGGACUGA